AGGGGGUUGGCUAAAUAGAGUAUGAGAACUGGCAGAGAAAAAAAGUGACAGAGCGAUGAGUGAGUGACACUCUCUCAGAGACAGGAAGACACCGGCGCCUGGAAGAGAGAGAUGGACUGAAUGUGGAAAGUUCAGUGAUGUAAAUGUAGAUAGUACAAGAAAAAGCGUCAAGAUAGAGGAAGAGGGGAAGAUGAGUGUGAGAUGGGAGACGGAGGGACUUCAGACGGUGGGCAUCGUCUGCCUGGUGAUCAUGUUUCUCAAGCUGAUGCACCUGCUGGGCCUGAUCGACAUCACUGAGACCGAUGACAGCAGCGACAGUGACUUGGAGCUGUCGACUGUGCGUCACCAGCCGGAGGGUCUGGACCAGCUGCAGGCUCAGACCAAGUUCACCAGGAAGGAGCUCCAGUCUCUGUAUCGGGGCUUCAAGAACGAGUGUCCCAGCGGGCUGGUUGAUGAGGAGACAUUCAAGUCCAUCUAUUCUCAGUUCUUUCCCCAAGGAGAUGCAACCACCUACGCUCACUUCCUCUUCAACGCCUUCGACAUCGACAGGAAUGGUUCGAUCCGCUUUGAGGACUUCGUCAUUGGCCUGUCAGUGUUGCUCAGAGGUUCAGUCACAGAGAAGCUCAACUGGGCUUUUAACCUCUACGACAUUAAUAAGGACGGCUACAUCACCAAAGAGGAGAUGCUGGCAAUUAUGAAGUCGAUCUACGACAUGAUGGGGCGGUACACCUACCCCUGCGUCCGGGACGACGCCCCCUCUGAACACGUCGACAAAUUCUUCCAGAAAAUGGACAGAAACCGAGACGGUGUCGUGACGAUUGAAGAGUUCAUCGAGACCUGUCAGAAGGAUGAGAACAUCAUGAACUCCAUGCAGCUGUUUGAAAAUGUGAUCUAAGGAAACAAGAACUCCCAGCUGUUUUCCUGCAUUAGCACAACUCACAUAUAUACACGGCACAGUAAUGCACCUCGCCCCUCCCUUAAACUCUAAGACAUCCUGGUACAUAAUGUAGCAACCGUGAGGAUACAUGAGAAUCCUUCUUUCCCCCCCUCACCUCUCCGUUAGCUCUAUCUUGCAACUGCUCCUGGAUUAAGUGGAUUAUUGCACACAGAGAAUUGAGAGCUUCCUGGGUAAACGUGUCUGCAGUGACAAAACACAAGAGCACCUUGUGCUUUAAUUCUAAAACAACAGAAAUCUUCUCCAAACAUGGGAAGUAGAUGCUUACAAUAAUCCACUGACCUGAAUCCACACGGAUUCAAGCUUUAACACUAGAAAUAUUCAAACCCACACACACACACACACACGGACCUUCAGUCUCCUCAAGGACUUUUAGACCACUGGAUGAAAUAUUAAAAUAUCACACUGACACACAAAAAAGAGAGCAUGUUUAUCAUGAAAUAUGUGAUGUGAAAUUAGCUUGCACUACAGUUUUAUGACUAUGUAUUAUAUGCGCCUGAGAACAAGGCACUGUAGAUACCUGCACUUGAUACACCACUGAUGGAAACCAGUGGAUAAUGUAUAUAUGUAUAGUUAAUAGUUAUAUAUCCUGCAUUGUGACGGUCUCAUGUGCUGCACUGAGUGAUGGAAUAGGACCAGAACUGAAUAUUUGUUUAAUAAAACUGUUACUCAGUUUAUCAUCUUGUUUAGUAAGCAUUACUCACAGAAUCUGAAUGGACUAUUAAGAUAUUUCUCUUUUUUUAUUUAGUAUUUUGAACUUCUCUGUUUAGCUGGUCGGGUUUGAAAUGUGAGUCUGUACAGUACUGGGAAAAAAAAACAAACAAAAAACAAAAGGACUGUUAAAGGAGUCAUCCUUUACCUGAAUUACAGCUUGGUCUUGUUUCUCCAGUAUCUGCAAGCAUGCUGACUCAAAGUGAUCCGGUAUUAUGUACAGUAGGACCUUUGUGAUGUCAGUUUAUUAAAACUGCUGUCAACAGC